AUGCUCGUCCAGCGCCAGCACAUGCAGGGAGAAGAAGUAGUAGCAGGAAUGAACGUGCCACGCGAUCAGCCGCACCUGACCUCUGCCCGGUGCAAGUUUCCCCCAAAGCCUCGUUUCGAGCAGCGCCUCGAGGUCAUUCAGGGUCCCCCAAGCCCUCAAGCCUCCGUCUCCGCUAUGAUGCUAAGCUUGCAGCGCCGUGUGGAGUCGCAGCAAUGA